GUGUUCACCCAGCGGUGCCGCGACCUGUCGGAGUGCCAGAGCUGCCUGAAGGCUCGCGAUAUGGCCGGAGACCUCGGCUGGGUCAAGCGGACCGAGACCAAGUUCGGUGAGGCAUUCCACGCAGUGGCCUUCAGCCUCCAGAUCAACGAGCUGAGCGACCUGGUCGACUCCGACCAGGGCAUCCACGUGCUGCUGCGGACCGCCUGA